AACGGCUACUGCUGGGCUGGAUUGUCGCUGCAUUAUCGAGAGAUGGGCUGGUCCAUUUAGGUGCGAUAUGGUGUCAUGUUCGAUCUGGAGACCAAUAGUGGCGGCUGUAGGGCUGCCAUCGCCGCCGGCCGGUCUUCGGCAUGUGGUGCCAGCAGCGGCACUGACUACGGCACGUCACCCUCAGCGGACAUGUUCGUGCAAGCAUACAAAGCGGUCCAGGCGCUUGGAAAAGGUGUGGCUGUAAGCUGGUCCUAUCAGAUGCCCUACUGCAUGGACAACUCUGCUGAGAUCGUGAACACUGCGACAGUCCGCGGCCAAUCCAACCUGGCAUUCGAAACGAGACAGGCGGCAAAUUUACAAGCAGUGAAUAUGCACCGGCGGUAUGGAACGGAAACAGCAAAGUGGCCUAUACGGACUACCAGAACGUGAAGGGUGAGAUUUGGCCCUCGUACACUCUGGCGGACUUUCACUACGACACAAGCGAAAAUCUGAAGACUAUGGGGACCAUGCAACAGGACAUGAAGGCAUGGGCCAAGGAUAAAAACAUCCAGGCCUUCAUAGAGAGCCCAGGCUGUGUGGCUUAUCAAAACCAGUAGAUUCUCCGCCACAAAAAUGGGGUCAUUUUGCUGCGUCUCAAGGGAUGGUGAG